UACAAAGAGCCAUGGCAGGAGUUCCUAGAUUGGGCAGAGCUACUACACAUUCGGGCGAGCGACAUUUACGACAUCAGGCCAGAGAUAGUGGCCAUGUACCUGAUGCACGUCUACCAAACCGCGCAAGCGGAUGAAGUAGGUCCGGGUCGCGUCGCGGGAGCGAGCGCUGCUAUUGCCUGCCAUUUCUUUCUCGCGGGCCGCCCCUCACCUACGGAGCACCCAGCAUGCAACCUCGUUCGGGACCUGGGCAGGCGCACACUGCAAGGGAAGAAGCUGCACAGGGAAAGCAUGCAACCAGAGCAUGUCCGCAUGUUGGCCGCUCACUUCGCUGGGCCGGAUGCCUCACUGCCAGACCUGAUGAUGGUAGCGGCCAUAUCGGUUAUGUUCGCGGGUUUCCUAAGGUUCAACGACCUAGCCCACAUCUCCGUCAAGUCUGAUCUGCUCACCCUGCACGACACUCACAUGGCCAUCACACUGCCUAGGUCCAAAACGGACCAGGAGGGCAAAGGGCAGACCAUCCGGAUCGCGCGCGUGGGGGGCGUGGCCUGCCCAGUGGGCUUGACAGAGAGGCUGCUGGCGCUUGGUAACUAUGUCCGUGUCCCCAGUUCCCCCGUGGAGGACGUGGGUCCACUGCUGCGCAGGGUUAAGGCGACACAGCAAGGCCACCAGCUGCAGCAGAGGACCGGCUCUGUUCAGUCACCGUUCUUACCGCACGGUGAAAAAGUCGAAUAA